CCCAGCCCAGCCCAGGGCGGCCGAGCCCAGCCGCGCCGCUGAAGGGCACCGGCGGCGGCGAGGCUUCCCCGCGCUCUCCCGCGGCUGGGGCGCGCCCGCCCCGCAGCAUGGAGGGUGGGAAGCGCAGCUCCUCCGCCGGCAGCCGGGACGAUGGCAGCGCUAACUCCUUCCCAGCCAAGCCGGCGGCUCCGGCGGAGAAAGCCCAGAGCAGCCCCGGCAGCGGCGGCGUGAAGGAACAUGGCAACUCGGUGUGCUUCAAAGUGGACGGCGGCGGGGGCGAGGAGCCCGUGGUGGGCUUCGAGGAUGCCGAGGGACCCCGGCGGCAGUACGGCUUCAUGCAGCGGCAGUUCACCUCCAUGCUGCAGCCGGGGGUCAACAAAUUCUCCCUCCGCAUGUUCGGGAGCCAGAAGGCUGUCGAGAAGGAGCAGGAAAGGGUUAAAACUGCGGGGUUCUGGAUCAUCCACCCCUACAGCGACUUCAGGUUUUACUGGGACUUAAUCAUGCUCAUAAUGAUGGUUGGAAACCUUGUCAUUAUACCUGUUGGAAUCACAUUCUUCACGGAACAAACAACAACACCAUGGAUUAUUUUCAAUGUCGCAUCAGACACUGUUUUUCUAUUGGACUUGAUCAUGAAUUUUAGAACUGGGACUGUAAAUGAAGACAGCUCUGAAAUCAUAUUGGACCCUAAAAUCAUUAAGAUGAAUUACUUAAAAAGCUGGUUUGUGGUUGACUUCAUCUCAUCAAUACCAGUGGAUUAUAUCUUUCUCAUUGUAGAAAAAGGAAUGGAUUCAGAGGUUUACAAGACAGCAAGAGCACUUCGUAUUGUGAGAUUUACAAAAAUCCUCAGCCUGUUACGUUUAUUGCGCCUUUCAAGACUGAUUAGAUACAUACACCAGUGGGAAGAGAUUUUCCACAUGACAUAUGAUCUGGCCAGUGCAGUGGUGAGAAUCUUUAAUCUCAUUGGAAUGAUGCUCCUGCUGUGCCACUGGGAUGGUUGUCUACAGUUUUUAGUACCAUUACUUCAGGAUUUCCCACCAGAUUGCUGGGUGUCCCUAAACGGUAUGGUUAAUGAUUCCUGGGGAAAGCAGUAUUCCUAUGCACUCUUCAAAGCCAUGAGCCAUAUGCUCUGCAUUGGUUAUGGAGCCCGCGCCCCUGUCAGCAUGUCCGACCUGUGGAUAACCAUGUUGAGCAUGAUUGUGGGGGCUACUUGUUAUGCCAUGUUUGUUGGUCAUGCCACUGCCCUCAUUCAGUCUCUGGAUUCCUCACGACGACAAUAUCAAGAAAAGUACAAACAAGUGGAACAGUACAUGUCAUUCCACAAGUUACCUGCUGAAAUGCGCCAGAAGAUCCAUGAUUACUAUGAGCAUCGCUACCAAGGCAAGAUCUUUGAUGAAGAAAACAUUUUGAAUGAGCUCAAUGAUCCUCUUAGGGAGGAGAUUGUCAACUUCAACUGUCGGAAGCUGGUUGCUACAAUGCCUCUUUUUGCUAAUGCAGACCCAAAUUUUGUGACUGCCAUGCUAAGCAAACUGCGAUUUGAGGUGUUCCAACCUGGAGACUAUAUUAUCCGAGAAGGGGCUGUGGGUAAAAAGAUGUAUUUCAUUCAACAUGGUGUUGCUGGUGUCAUCACCAAAUCCAACAAGGAGCUGAAGCUGACAGAUGGCUCUUACUUUGGAGAGAUCUGCCUUUUGACCAAAGGCCGUCGAACUGCCAGUGUAAGAGCAGACACAUACUGUCGCCUGUAUUCCCUCUCAGUGGACAACUUCAAUGAGGUCCUGGAAGAGUAUCCCAUGAUGAGAAGGGCCUUCGAAACAGUGGCAAUUGAUAGACUUGACAGGAUAGGGAAGAAGAACUCCAUCCUCCUGCAAAAGUUCCAGAAGGACCUCAACACCGGCGUUUUCAACAACCAGGAGAACGAGAUCCUGAAGCAGAUUGUGAAGCACGACAGGGAGAUGGUGCAGACCAUCGCCCCGGUGAGCCUGCAGCAGAUGCCGGCCCUCAACUCCAGCACCUCGGCCUCGUCGUCGCGGGGCCGGACGCAGUCGCCGCCCGUGUACAGCACCAGCAGCCUCUCCCACGGCAACCUGCACUCGCCCUCGCCCAGCACGCAGACGCCCCAGCAGGCUGCCGUCAUCCUCUCGCCCUGCUCCUACACCACGGCCGUCUGCAGCCCGCCCGUACAGAGCCCACUGGCCGGCCGAACUUUCCAGUACGCCUCGCCCACCGCCUCGCAGCUCUCCCUGAUGCAGCAGCAGCAGCAGCAGCCGCAGCCGCCGCAAGCGUCCCAGCAGCCCCCCGGCGCCGCGCAGAAGAACGAGGUGCACAAGAGCACCCAGGCCCUCCACAACACCAACCUGACGCGGGAGGUGCGGCCGCUCUCGGCCUCGCAGCCCUCGCUGCCCCACGAGAUCUCCACGCUGAUCGCCAGGCCUCACCCCACCGUGGGCGAGUCCCUCGCCUCUCUCCCGCAGCCCGCCCCCGGCCCCGGCGUGCCCCCGGCCGGCCGCGCCUCCGUCCCGCAGCGGGUCUCGCUCUUCCGACAGAUGUCAUCGGGAGCCAUCCCCCCGAACAGGGGGGCCGCGCCGCCCGCUGCUCCCCUGCAAAGGGAUUCUUCCACAGUCUUAAGCACAGAGCCCGAGGGAGACAAACCGCGUUUCGCCUCAAACUUAUGAUCCCUGGUGACUGUGAGCAACAGACUUGCAACAAACCGAGCACCAUCCCCCGAACUGUUUUAGCCUGUUUCCUAAUGUUCCCCAGCAGUCUACUAUGAAAAAAAUACUUUAGACAGCUUUGCCCUAUGUAACGAAUGUAAAAAUUAUAUAUGUAUAUGUAUAUACAUAUAUAUGUAUACAUAUAUAUAUUAAAAGAAUUUAAAAACUUGUUUGAAUUCGUCUUCCUUCCUCUCAACCAUUAAAGAAGAUUAAAUUUAGCUGUAAUAUUUUUAAUGUGUUGACUUUAAAAUCAGCCUAAGAGCUGUUCUCUAUCUAGGGGAUCUGCUAUUUUCAUGGGAAAAUUGUCAACACAGUAACAAACUUCAAACAAGUAUUAAAAAAAAAAAAUCGAUUUAACACGUAACACAUAGCACUGACUGAGUGAUAUUCUGAAACCUUUGUUAUUUCAUUUAUUGCAUAUACGUUGUUAAUUUCUUGUGAAGAAUUCAGUUGUUGUUUUGCAUUACAUUUUGUAUGUUAGCACCAUCCAUUGGGAUUUAGAUUGGAAAAGCGUUAUAUUGCAAACACCUGCAGUCUAAAGGGUGGCACUAGCACUCCUCUGGAUAGGUUGAAACCUCAUGACAUGUCAGCCCUUCUGUUGUUUAAGAAAAUUGGGUGGACUUUGAUCUUCACAUUGCUAAAGACUUUUACAGUAAAAGACUAAAUAUUGCCAUUGUAAAUAACUUUUUAGACCCAAGCAAAAAUAGCUGCUGUGUGGUGUACCAUUGCAAGGUCUUUGUUUAGGAAUUUAGGUUACGCUUUUCACUUCAAAAUUUACAGUUUUAAAAUUUGUUAAAGCUAAGUGCAACACAACUGUUAAAUUGUAAUGCAAUGGCUUAAAACCUAUGGUGUUACUUUUACAUGCAAUGUUUUAUGCAAAAUUGUACGCUUGGUCCUGCAAACCGCUUGUACUUCACCAAUACCAUCACUUUUCUUCUUCUUGCCCUCAAUAGCAUCUGAGAAUAUUCCAUGCAUGCUUUGGGAAAAAAAAAAAAAAAAAAAGACGAUAAAAAUAGGUUUGGUCAGUAGGAAAAGGCUUUAUGGUAUCUUAGAAAAUAAUAACCAUUCAUUAAUUGUGUCUACCUUAAAAUUCCUAUAAUGCUGACUUUGAAUCUCUGGUUUAAGUCUAGAAGUGAGGUUUUUAAUUUAAAGGAUUAUUUGUAAACCACAGCUUGAUUUAGACUUUCAGGUGCUUUCUGUGUCUUCACUGUAGUUUUGUAGUUGAUUGUGGUGUUAAUUUACAAAAAUAAAUAUAAUAUAGCAUCAAGUCUGUCUGGAAAUGCACGAUUUGCUCUGUGUAUAUUGUAAUUAAAUGGUUAGUAUAUCCUAAGGCAUGUAGUGUCAAACAUAGCCCAUAGGUAUGAGAUUAAUUAUUUUUUAUGUCUUCAAAACAGAAAGGAAAUGGUGACAGAAAGCAGGGUUAAAGCAUACUGUUUUGUGAACAUUUUGUUUUGUUUGCUCAAACCUUCACAUUAUCUUAUCCAGAAAAAAAAAAAAAAAUUCGUAAUCAUUUGUGCCUGAUUUGUCACAUUAAAUAGAGAUUGAAACUAAAUGUGUCAUAAUUUAACUCAUUAAAAAUCAGCAUUAUGGAUAUGGUAUAAGCAUAUAUUCUGUUCCUUAAAACCAGGCUGAUUCAUGUUAGAGAAGUGAAUGCAAAGGGGUUCUCUUUCCAUUAAUGCUGAGUUUAACGAUGCAUGGAAAAAUUAAAUAACAUCACAAAACUACGUAAUGCAGUGAAUCCAGAUGUACUUGAGAGCCAAGUAAAUAUACUAAAGCUAACAGAGCUUGAGCCCAUGCUGCCUGUUAUACCUUUUACUAAAGUGGUACAUCAAAUAAAAUUUUUAAAAAACCUUCCUUUUUUUUUUGCUGACUCACACUCACCAGUAAAAAUCUAUGUAAUUAACCCACUAACAUGCUGCUGCCAUUAAUUUAAGUGACCUGGAGUGGAAAUGGGGAAAUGAUUGUUUAAAAAGUGUCUCAAACAUUAUGGAUACGCUGCAAGACCAUUUAUUUAUCAGUACAAUACCCCUUAUAUUAUUUUAAUGCUAACAAAUUCUGUCAGUUAACUAAGAUCAUGUACUGAUCUUGAAAACUGUUUAAGGUUUACAUUUAAUAGGAGAAAUGGGGUUAGUAGCAAAAUAUUUUUAUAUAUAUUUUUAUUUUAUUUUAAGCACUAUGAAGAAAUAUUAAUUCACAUGGUCUUUCAGUGAAACCAUAAAUAAUUUUUAAUGACUUUGUAAUAGAGUGGACAAUAUCUAGGAUUUGUAUGUUAAUUAAAAAAAAAUGGUACAGGGUAUAAAAUUAUAUACGUAUAUAUAUAUGUAUGUAUGAAUGUAUAUAUACUUAGAUUAAGAAACAAAUGACUCACAUUCCUGUAAUAUAAAGGUCCAUUGCUAGUUUCAGAAGUGACCUAUUUUCUCUGUACAUAAGUAAACCCAUAAGUAUGAAAUCUCACAUCUGUACAAGUUGAAAUGUAUUAAUGAAAAAAGAUUGGAUCUUACUGCUGCUGGGAAGACUAUAGAUCUGGUUCUUACAAUAACUGUAUGAUCAGGGAUGAGUUAGAUUUUUUUCUUUUGUCUUUGCUCAAAGCCAUAAAUAAAUAUAAAAGAUUAUUAAUAAAUUGAAGAAAAUAUAUAAAAAAUAAAACCAUGAAUAUUUUUUGUUCCAAUAUCUUUGUAACUGAGCAAGUUUUGCUUUACUAUGAAAGAAGAAUUGUUUGUUUAUCUCUUUUCUUUAUUCUGAGCCCAGAAUUGUAUACACUAAGUAUGGGGAGGUGGAGAAAAAACAGCAUUAGUAAUUAUGUGCACUCUUGAAAGAAGGGGGCUUAAAAAUUCAAGGAUACUACCUUAUUUACUCAACCAAUUCCUAAGCUGUAUUUCCUCUGCAGAUUAGAGAAAUUAAUUUCCCUACAAAACUCUCAUUUAAACCAUUAAUAUUUAUCUGUAAUAUUUGCUAAGUACAAAUAUAUGAAAAUUACAUUUGUUUUUAUAUAAAACAUGAAAUAUCCUGGUAGAAAAUUCCAAGUAACUGUUAGUAUAACUUAAGGAAACUGUAUUCUGUCAUAUUUUCACUUUAUUUUACUGUGUGUGCCAAUCCCACAUGACAUACCUCUGAACUUGUGCAUAAUAGUUCAGACUUCAGGGGAACAUUGAUGUGGAAGUAAUGUUUGUUAUUUAUAUUUUAGGACAUUGUAAAUUAAAAAGCAUAGUGCGUUCAAAGCAAUAGCCCAUUAUGUGUUUUACAUUAUCUUCAGCAGGAUCAAUAGAAUCCUAGACUGAUAAACUGAUUUAAGCAAGCAUGAGUGGUUGUAUUUUUAAUUUACACUCUAGAAUAUAUUGUGAGUUCGUUUCACUAGUAUUUAAGUUUGGUCUUUUACUUUGCAUUGCUAAGAUGUUGCUUCAGUCCAGUGGUAGUCAAUGAAGUGAUUUUCAAAAAUACCAGCAUUGCACUAGAAAAAUCUUGUUUAGCAGCAGCAGUUUGGUUCUCCUGUCUACAUUUGACCACUGCACAAAAGAUGCUUUGCUCUUUGGUCCAGUCUCAUUAUUUCAGACAAAAAAACCAAAGGAUUGUUUUAAAGUGAUAAUUCAUGUCCCUGUAUAUGGUAUGGAUGUGUAUGUACACACCAAUUUAUAUUUUUAAAAUCUCACAAUUUCUAGUGUCUAUAUGUACCUCUACUUACUUCCUACCUUACCUUUGACUGGAAUCAAAGUAAAUUUUAUUUUAAAUAGCAAACUUCCAUAUCUUGAUCCAUGUCAUUAAGAGUUAAGCUUAAUAUUUCUAUUUUCAAAAUUUAUUCAUGAGUUCUCAAACCAAUUUCAGUAUUUCUAUACAUUUACAUUCUUUUCUACUCUAUAAGUGAUGCUGUCCAGUGCAAAAAAAAAUUUAUUUUGAAAAUAAGCUGUUAAAUUUUUGAAUGAGCCUGCAGUUCAACUGCUCUGAGAAUACACAGUGAUAUUAGUAAUUUCUGCUGUUUGUAAGUCCUCUGCUCACACCAAAAAACUGUUACAAUGUAGGAACAGAAAGUGUUUGUUUACAAAACAUGGGUCUGAACCACAAGCACCAUCUGAACACUCUAAAAAUUAGAUGUGCAAAUUUAUUUGUUUAGUGGAUUUGGCCUUUCUUCUCCUUCAUUUUUCUUUUUAAUCAGGGAAGAGUAAGAGCAUUAAUAUUGCCCUAGAACACGUCCUAUGAGAAAUACAUGCUGUGAGUCUUGAAUUGAUACAUUUUUCUGGAACAAUCAGUAACCAGCACUCCAUUGCAUACUUAGUGCUAGAAUGCUAGUGUGAAUCACCACCUUGACUGGCCCAGUGGAUGCAUGCAGAUGGUAUAAUUUCUGGUCUGUGGUUACCUUUUUCUCACCUCAGUGAAGACAUGUAGUACCUUAACAUACAAUAUCUUAACAAGAGUGUGGUAGCACUGAAUUUUUCCGGUCAAAAUAUAGUAAUAUUAGAAAGAGAAAAACAGUGAUAGUAGACAAGCAGAGUAUCAAACUAAAUAAAUUGAUUUUAAAUCUACCUGUGUAUCUUCCAUACACAUUUUUAAUUACUUCUAUCAAUUCAAUAAAUUCAAUUCUUAAACCAUUAGUUGGUUUAAGAUGUAUUCCAGGUAAGGUGAUCCCUGGCCUGAGGGACUGAUGGACUCAAGCCCAUAUUUGAACUGAAUCUAAAUUUCUUCUCCUCCUUGAAACUAUUCCUGUUGUGUGAUGUUAUUUCACCUGCUUGCAAAAGACACUGUAUUUUUAUCAUUCUCCAGUUUUACACAUGAGAUUUGGAGUAUGGUUCCCGCUAUGCUCUGCUUUGAAGAGAGUGUGCAGUGCUGAGUUAGUUCUUGCUGAAAGGUCAAUGUCAAGUUUGGAUCAAGUAGAACUGCAGCAAAAAAGAGAGGAGGUCAAAUACCGUAUCUUCAAUCAGUGCAAACUAGCCUAUGCACUAAAGGGAAGCAGGUACUUGAACCAUUUCUCUGGAAAGUCAGCAGGCUACUGGAGGGACUUUUAUACUGAACCAUGGGUCUCAACAAAUCCAAGGUUCAGUCUGAAAAUGCAUCUCCAAUGUCAGCUGCUUCUGGACUCCACAGUUACCAAAAAGUUUGCAUAGACACAGGCCAUAGUUUCUAUAGCAUUAGUGAAGCAUCUUGUCUGUCUUCUAUUAAAUGACUACUCCACUCUUUAUAGGUUCCAUACUGCACGUGACAUCACAAAAUCUGAGAUGUUCUGUGGGUGGUUACAUUGAAUAUGACCACUACUUAUAAAUCUACUUACACACCUUUCCUCCAGAAAGCAAAAUGUGUGCAGUCUAUGCAGUUUUGUUGUUGCAGUGUAGAGGUUUUAAAUGAAAAGGUUUGGUUUUGAAGUAAGAAAAGUUACUGUCUAUCAGAGAACAAUAACUGCAGAUCUCAGAUCUUCUAGGCCAGGUUCUUCUUCAAUUGGAUUUUUUAUUUCUCUGCAAAGUCAACAUUAAUAACAUGUUUGCUGUGCUUGUUACACUAGACGUGUAGUCUGCAUUUCUUCAGAGAUGCCUGCAGUGUUUUAGAAAAAAAAAAACUUAGUUUUUUCUAAGUGCUGGGAGAUUUACAUCCAAUUAUAUUGGUUCCUAUAGUCCAACCAAGAGGCAGUGUGAGGAAUAACUGAUGCCAGAUCAUUGUCCACUGCAGCAGGAAAUCUAAGAGCAAUAUUAGAGGUCCUCUUACAAAGAACCAGAAAUAUUCCUAAAUGUGACCUAGACUGAUCAAUUCACAUCUGAACCUUUUAUUAUAAAGUAGACUAUAUUGUAGUUGCAAACUUUUCUUUUUUUAACAUCUGCCAGUCAAGACCCUUUUUGUCUGUGAUUUGUCGUCUUCCUGUACUGUCAUCUUGGCAACAGAAAUGUGUACCAAUAUUUGGAGGCAGUGCUGUAUCUCAGCUGUAUUUCAGUGUUGUUGGUUCCUACACUGAUACUCAAAAGAGAUUAAGAAAUACUAAAAAAAAAAAAAAAAAAAAAACAAAA